AGUUUUCAUAAACGAAUGACCCUGUGGAGAGAAGUAGAGUGAAUUUUAUUUCGAAUUGACCUGUCAGAGAAUAAAUAAAUGCAGCUGAGAAGAUUUUUAUCGAAAACCUCAUAUUAUUCACUUAUUAAUGAGACUAAUAAGAAAAGAUGUCAGGAAUUACUUCUUUCAAAACCAAAUUUAAGCAAAUCUUAUAAAAAUUCAGCAGUUUUAGUUCCAUUAUGUAUCGUGAAUGAUGAAUUAUCUCUCCUCUUCACCGUUCGUACUCAUCAUUUACCUACCCAUAAAGGACAAGUUAGUUUUCCUGGGGGAAAGGUUGAUGACUCGGACAACAAAGAUCCAAUUAAAACUGCCCUUAGGGAGGCUAAAGAAGAAGUAGGAAUUAAUGAAAGUGAUGUUGAUGUCUGGGGUACAAUGUUUAGAUUACCUGCUCGACAUGGAAUGGCCAUUCAUCCUGUUUUGGGUGUUUUAAAAAAUCCUCUGAAUUUAGAUAGUUUAUCUGUAAAUACUGGAGAAGUUGCUAAGGUGUUUACAGUAACCUUAAGCGAAUUAAGUAGACACGCCAGAUAUACAAUAUGGAAAGAAAGAAGUAUAGCUCUUCCUGUUUAUAAUUGUCCUGGAAAAGAUAAAGUUUGGGGAUUUACUGCAAUGGUUACGCAUCUCGCUCUCAAGUUGGUGACACCUGAUCUUUACAAAUUUGAUUUGCCUUAA